AUGAUCUAUGGACGCAGUUUGUUUCACAUUGUAGCAAGUUUAAUCAUCCUCCAUUUGUCUGGAGCAACCAAGAAAGGAACAGAAAAGCAAACCACCUCAGAAACACAGAAGUCUGUGCAGUGUGGAACUUGGACAAAACAUGCAGAGGGAGGUAUCUUCACUUCUCCGAACUAUCCUAGCAAGUACCCCCCUGACCGGGAAUGCAUCUACAUCAUAGAAGCUGCCCCGAGACAGUGCAUUGAGCUUUACUUUGAUGAAAAGUACUCUAUUGAACCAUCUUGGGAGUGUAAGUUUGAUCAUAUUGAAGUUCGAGAUGGACCUUUUGGAUUUUCUCCAAUAAUUGGACGUUUUUGUGGACAACAAAAUCCACCUGUAAUAAAAUCCAGUGGAAGAUUUCUAUGGAUUAAAUUUUUUGCUGAUGGAGAGCUGGAAUCCAUGGGAUUUUCAGCCCGGUAUAAUUUCACACCUGAUCCUGACUUUAAGGACCUUGGAGUUUUGAAACCAUUACCAGUGUGUGAGUUUGAGAUGGGCGGUCCUGAAGGCAUUGUGGAGUCUAUACAAAUUAUGAAGGAAGGCAAAGCUUCUGCUAGCGAGGCUGUUGAUUGCAAGUGGUACAUCCGAGCACCCCCGCGAUCCAAGAUCUACUUACGGUUCUUGGACUAUGAGAUGCAGAAUUCCAACGAAUGCAAGAGGAACUUCGUGGCGGUGUAUGACGGAAGCAGCUCGGUGGAGGACCUGAAAGCCAAGUUCUGCAGCACGGUGGCCAACGACGUGAUGCUCCGCACAGGCCUCGGGGUCAUCCGCAUGUGGGCCGACGAGGGCAGCCGCAACAGCCGCUUUCAGAUGCUCUUCACGUCCUUCCAAGAACCUCCCUGUGAAGGCAAUACUUUCUUCUGCCACAGUAACAUGUGUAUUAACAAUACAUUGGUAUGCAAUGGACUCCAGAACUGUGUGUACCCUUGGGAUGAAAAUCAUUGUAAAGAAAAGAGGAAGGCCGGGCUGCUGGACCAGCUGACCAACACCAGCGGGACGGUCAUUGGCGUGACUUCCUGCAUUGUGAUCAUCCUUAUUAUCAUUUCUGUCAUUGUGCAGAUCAAACAGCCUCGUAAAAAAUAUGUCCAAAGGAAAUCGGACUUUGACCAGACAGUUUUCCAGGAGGUGUUUGAGCCUCCUCACUAUGAGCUGUGCACCCUCAGAGGGACGGGAGCCACAGCUGACUUUGCCGAUGUGGCUGACGACUUUGAAAACUACCACAAACUGAGGAGGUCCUCUUCCAAAUGCAUUCACGACCAUCACUGUGGUUCCCAACUGUCCAGUGCGAAAGGCAGCCGCAGCAACCUCAGCACGAGAGACGCUUCCGUCUUGACCGAGAUGCCCCCACAGCCCGUCAAGCCCCUCAUCCCGCCCGUGAACAGGAGGAACAUCCUCGUCAUGAAACACAACUACUCCCAGGAGGCUGCCGACGCCUGUGAUAUCGACGAGAUCGAGGAGGUGCCCACCACAAGUCACAGGCUGUCCCGCCACGAGAAAGCCGUCCAGCGGUUCUGCCUCAUUGGGUCUCUAAGCAAACAUGAAUCUGAAUACAACACAACUAGGGUCUAA